ACGUCUAGUUGUAUUAUACACACCUCAUUCUUGCUUUGGUCAACUUUGACUUGCUCUUGCACUUUAAGGCCUUGAAGCCUCGUUCCUUCCUCAAGCGGAAACGCCACAAACUACAAGAUCCACACUAAGUCAAACUCAGUCCCGACAAUCCAACCCUCGCUCAAUUGCACCAACCAUUAUUUAGUCGAAGAUACAGACCUCAGGCACACCAACGCAGUCACACCUCCAUAUUCACAUGCGCUCGUUCAACACAACAUCCUUUCACAAUGGCGACGCAAGCACCUUCCAAACCUAAGAUAACCUACGCCUCUAUCCCUCCACCACCCCUUCCGGAGUUCUAUCUCAAAGAGCUACUCGCCGGUGACAGCAACUCAUCUACAAGCGGCCACGAUGCUGCCCUGGAAAAAGAUAUCAAGCAAGAAGUCGUAGUGAAAGCGCCUGCAUCCACCUUGUCCGACAAGCUUCCAGCAUUUCCGGGAGAUGGAACCUAUGAGACCGUUACCAUGACUCGACGCAGACCUUCCACCUAUCAGUCCGCAGCAGUCAUCACUAUCCCCACGACCCGAGGAGCGGAGGGAAGGGUGGGUGUGCCUGACGUCCCGCCAUUAGCAGUCUACCACAUCUGCCGCAUCUGUCUCCGCCCUCGAAGCGCUCGCUUUCACCGAGAGCAUCCAAUCCCAAUCAACGGUGUGCCACCUCCGCCAGGCAUAUGUCGUAGAUGCCGAGUCGCGCCGGUCGAGGAGGUUGCGUCUCUGGAUAAGGUUAUGAAAGUCACCACUCAGUCGGAGAGCAAUGAGAUCAAGCUGGGUAUUGCUUGUCUCAUGCCUGAAGAGGCCUGUGUGUCGAAGGGAGUGCUUGAAGAGAGGAGGGUUAGGAAGUUGGUGGAGGAAAUUAGUCGGAAGCAGUUGCGCGAGGAGAGCGAGGCGAGCGAUGACGGUAAGGUGAGUGAGAAGAAGGAGAGUAAGAAGGAGAGCAGUCCUCAGAGACGGAAAGAUAUCGUUUACCGCCACGUCCGAGCCCGUGAAGAGGGUCCGACUCUAAGCCAGCCAGUGAAGGAGCGUACUAUCAUUCGCUACGUUGGAGGAGGUUUCACCGGUGGCGGUGAGAGCAAGCCCAAUAACCCCGAGCAGCCGACAAAAGCCUCUGACAGGACUGAUCGUAGAUCGUCGGCGACGGUACCAAAGCCGUCAGUAGAGACCGUGUCGAAGUAUUCCGGCUUCAAGCUCAUGGGAGAAGGCACGAUAAAGGCAGCUCCAGUUUCUGUGGCCCGCGUUACAAAAGCAAUCAGUGUCAUGUCAGUCAGCGAAGUGGAGCCAGCCAAACCCGAGCACACGGAGGCGGACAUUCGGAAGAUAGCUCGCGAAGAGAUUAAGCGGUAUCGGCAGGCUGAGAGGAAGCUCGAGGCUCACUCUGACCCGUAUGCGCAUGGUCGCAUGGUGCCUAUUCAACGCCGUAUCGAGCAAAGGUCUCACACUUUCAGGGCGCCAACUGGGCCAACCGGAUCCGAGCGGCGCGAUCUUGAUCAGCGGAGUGCCAAGGCACAGCGUGCUGCUAACAAGUUGAAUGAGCACAUGGGCGAAUUGAAGAGGAAGGUAACGGAAAUCGAAACGCAAAAGGCGAAAGUACAAGUUCGACCAGAAGCUGGCGUAGAGGAAGGGCCUACCAGACCACAGCCGCAGCGAGUUAUUUCCGUAAAGCCAGGAUGGCUACAGCAGUCUGAGGAUAAUGUAAUGACAAGACAGCCGGACAGCAGACCCAACGGUAAGCCCUCAGUUGGUGGGUCUGACACUUCAGGCUCAGGAUGGGCUUCUGAGACCCCAGUCAAGCCGAUUCGGUCAUCUGUGAGGACAGACAAAGAGGAGGCCAGAAGCGUGAGGAGUGAGCGACGCAAAUGGGAUCUAAUGACGGAGGCUGAGCGGACCGAUCAGCCUGAAAGGCGUGGUCAGCCUACUAGAGUUAGAUUGCGAGAAGUGGUUGAGGUGGUUGACCAACGGAGACCACGGGAGGAUCCCGACAUCUGCCGCUCGACACGAGACUGGUACGACGUGGUUGAGAUCAUUGAAGAAGUGGAGGUACCUGCGAAGCCGAGGACGCGGGCGAGGGAGCGUUGGGAUCACGAUGGCCAGUCAACAGAGUACGGCGGUGUACUAGUCGAUAGUGUUAUGGACAAACGCGACAAGCAGCCGGAGCAAAUUCGGCGCCGUCAACCACUGGAAGGCAGCUACUCGGCGGCUGAAGCCAAACAUCCAGCGACGGAAGGCACAGUCUCGGUAGCUGGAGGCGAACGUUCAGCGGUUAUGUCUGCCAAACGCGCGGAGACCGACUUGGCCAAGGAUGAGGCAUCGACUAAGGCGGGGAGUACGCGCCCUUCCCGGGUCGAGGAUGAAGAGCUUAGAUACCGCAAGGAUGAAUACCGCAGCGAGCCGAAGCGGGGACCACCUUCUCUGUCUAGUCAGAAGACGCAGUGGCCUCGGGCAACGGAUACUGAUGGCCGGCCAGUCAGGCCUCGAGCUUCCGAUCGCAGGUGGGCCGCUGCUGCCGCCGAGCGUAAGGAGCCAGCCAACCAGUCUCACGAUGAGCGUAGCGAACCGGAACCUGGACGAGAAGAUCCGGAGGCGUAUGCUAGAUCCCGGCCUGGCGUAGCCGGUAAAGAGUCGCGCAGACCUGCUUCACCAGAAACCGAGUAUAUUGAAACUGAGCGCCGAGUUGAGCCCCUGGUCAACGAUCCUGACCAGUCAUGGCGCCACCGGCACGUGGAAACAGAGGAGAUCUACCGUCAUGGCCACGGCCCACGUCCUGUGAGCUCAGAUCCACCGCCAUCGAGACGUGAGGAGCGACGAUACGAGCGCCGUCACCAGUACGCAGAAACGAAACAAGGCGCCGGAAGCGAGCACUCCAGCCGUGUGCGUUUUGCGAGUAAGGUCGACAUCUCGCCCACGCCGCCUGGUAGCGAAGCAAGCUCCACUCAACACCGCAACAUAGGCGCCAAGCCUAGGAGCAAGAAGCGCUUGGACGGCACUGCGGAAGAGGAUGGGGAGAGCGGGGAGGCGUUGAUUGCGGAGUACGAGCGCCGUGGUAGAGCCAGGUCUCGUUCCAGCGCGCCUAGACGUGACGGAGAGCGGGAGUAUUACUACGAGCGUGAGGAGAUUCGCCCGCGCAGGAGAGAUAACGAGUGCGCUCCCAGUGGGCGUUCUGACAGCGGAUACACUCCGAGCAGGAGCAGUAGGCCGCUUGAGGAGGCGUGGAGUAACAGUCCAUCGCGCGAGUGGGAUGCUCCUUCUAGAAUGUCAGGGAGCGAAAGGGUCGAUGGACAUGGACCGUUUCAUCCCGAGAUGGCCAGGCAGGAGAGCAUGGACGUGCUUGGAGGGAGUGGAUUUAGUCGGGCGGCGGAGGAUGGACCGUUUGGGCAUGCACAUGGGUUGCAGCCGGCGCCUGCUACGGAUUUCUCUGGUACAGCGCGAUGGUAAGCAAUGAGGAUCUCGGUGGCUUCGCAAUUGCUUG